GGUUGGCUCACUUUGGCCCUGCUGGUCCGCCUUCAGCUACUGCGUUCUUCUGAGAGGCAAUGAAAGCUUAGAAGACAUAGACCUUUUUAACAAAGUUCGAAAGGAGAGAAAUGAGAUGAUAGUAGGAUGGCGUCUGCAGACGUCAUCCGUGAAGCUGCUCUUUACUUAGAGUAUUUUCUGCAAGGGAUGUCAGAAUGCAAUGUAAUUGGGAGUUACACUGUGCAGUUCUUGGAAAUGAAAGGGUUCACUGAACGAAUCCAAACAUCCUUAGCUACUAAUUUAGUUCAGCUUAUAACAAACAUGAGGAAUCUGGUACUGAAACUAGAUGAAUCACUUCUACCAAUCUGUGAUGCAGAGGUCCAAACAGAAAUUGUUUCUCAGUGUUCAAUUUGCAAUUGUCCUGGGCUGUUGUCUGACCACCUUAAAACAGUUCCUUUACUAGUGAAAGAUAAACAUGUUGAUUCUCAAGAGAAGUCAUGUGAGGCAGCAGAACUUUCACAUUUUCUUAGUCCAACACCUCUGCUUCAUUUAAAGCAAGAAAUUCCAUGUGUCUCAGAUUCUGUAAGUGCAGGAUCAUCACAGUGUGAUCAGGUUGAUAUGGAUGUGAAUAAUGUUUCUCUCAAAGAUAUAGAUUCUAAAGAUAUUGUAAAGAUGCAAGAUCCAAGAAUAGGGACUGAUUCUCAAUUAGACAAAUGUGUCCUGGCAACUCCACUGCAGACAGCAUUAGAUGAAAAUAUGGACCUUGACUAUGCACAUUCUACGCAGCUUGAAGAAGGCCAAGGCGAGAUUCUCUUGGAUCAUUUGGAAGGUUCAGAUGCGACACAUUCAGAUGGUCUGAUGUACUCUGUGUAUACCAUGAAUUCCUGUGGAGCACUCCAGUUAGUCAGUCGAGUUCUAAGCAAAAAUGCAUCUUCAAAAGAUUCUGUUGAAGAACCUGUAGAACGAGCUAUGAUUGAGAUCAACAACACAAAAGAGGAAGACCUUAGAACCCCUGACCACUUAGAGACCCUCACACUCCAAGAGCAGGAGCAGGACAGCCAGGUCGGCAUUGCAAAUGCCAGUCAAGAGGAAAUGGUGGUGGCUCCAGACAUUCCCAGUUUUGAAGGGAGGUCCUCACUGAAAGCUUCAGUGAAGUGUUUGAAUACUCCAAAACUUCUUCAGGCAAAAACUCCGGCACAUAGCAGUGCUGGAGGUACAAUCCUCACAGAUAUUGUAAAGCUUGGACCAGAGGAUCUCAGUACCAGCACAUGGUGUGGGAUUUGUGAGAAGGAAUUCCCAUCUGCAGGAAGCCUAAAGGUUCACCUCUCACGUAUACACAGCCAGGUCAAGUGGUGUCACACUUGCACAAAGACAAUCAGUUCUGAAGAGGAGAUGUGUGAUCAUGUCCGUGAAUGCCAUGCAGAUUUACAGUUUAUUUGUGGUAUCUGUGGCCAAAGUUUAAGAACAAAUGCAGCAUUUCAGAGACAUAUGGACAUUCACAAAGGCUUACGUGGAAGUGCUUGUGAGAUUUGUGGUCAAACAUUUUCAAGAACAGAAUAUUGUAGAGAACACAAAAGAAUUCAUACAGGAGAAAAACCUUACAAAUGUGAAACUUGCAAGAAAAGUUUUAGUAGAUCCAGCAACUUGUAUACUCAUAUGAGAACACACAACACUGAAGCCCAGCGUCAUAUAUGUAAUGUUUGCCUUUAA